CGUACCCCGCGGGUAAAGAUGGCGAUAGAUGAAGAGGGUAGGAGAUCAACUUUGGCCGGGAACAACUAUAGCUGAAUUUCGGUUUUAUAGAGAAUAAACCGUUAGUUAACGGUUGUGUAAUUGCUUAAUGGUUAGACACUUAUAUCAGUGUCAUUCUUGAGUCUAGUCUAUGCAACGUGAUCGAAGAAUUACAGCGCAUGAGCUUCCUUCCUACCAAACUGCAGACAGCGUCCGUCCUAAGAAGAGCGGAUAAAGUUUAUUACGGAUCUGACUCAGCCCUCUGACACUGAUUUUUUAAAAUUGUAUUAUUUGGGGCAACUAUAACAGCAGACAUUAAACAGGAAGGGAGGGGCACCUCUACUACACUGGUUCAGCAGCCGAAAGAGCUAGGCCUAUCCGCACCGCUCGUUGUCUCCCCUGAGGGGGAGCCUCUGCCACCAGUCCCAGAAAGUUCUCCUCACUCUGGGGCCCACGUGGGAGGCACACACUCAUGAGGUUAUCGGUAGCCCAGAGGUUCACAUGCCAAGAAAGCGAGGAGGAGGAGGGGCAGGAAGAGGAGCCAGAGGGGACACACCCAGGGCGAUCAGUCUGGAACACGUAGCAUACGCUCUUAAAGAAUGCCUGUGACUUAAGAACCUGUGGAUGAAGACGUCGCUGGAGUACCUCAGAGUUUGGGAAUAACCGACCGGACAGACGCUGAGCACCAAGGAUGACGAGCGCUACCCCGGCCAGGAAGCCGUACCGCAAGGCUCCGCCUCAGCACCGCGAGUCGCGCAACAACUUGCCCUCGUUCCUAGAGGACCUUAGUGGGAGCACGCCGCCUGCGCUUGCCAACACCGCUGGCCUCAACCCUCCUGACCCCUGCCAGGACUCCUUAUCAGAUGCAGACAGGAUCAAGAUCCUGCAGCAGCAGAAUGAAGAGCUUCGCCGGCGGCUCUCCCACACCACCCACAAGAUGGAGGCCAUGGAGACGGAGUUUGAGACCAGCCGUCACUACAUGCAGGGGGAGAUGGGUCGCACGCGCGACGACCUGGAGAAGAUGAGAGACAAGUUCCGCAGACUGCAGAACAGCUACACCGCCUCCCAGAGGGCCAACCAGGACCUGGAGGAGAAGCUUCAUUCCCUGGCUGCUAUCAGUCAAACCUGGGUCUACGCACUCCGUAAGGUGGAGAGAGACAAGAAGACCACGGACCAGGAGAUAGUGGAGCUCACCAACAAACUCCUGGACGCCAAGAACACCAUCGACAAGCUGGAGGAGUUGAACGAGCGCUAUCGGCAAGAUUGCAAUUUGGCCGUGCAGCUUUUGAAGUGCAAUAAGUCCCAUUUCAGGAACCACAAGUUUGCAGAUCUGCCCUAUGAGCUGCAGGACAUGGUGAACAAGCACAUGAAGGCCAGUCUGCCGGAUAAGAGUUCCCAGGGGGCCCAGGGCCAGGACUCCGACACCAUGAGCCUGACGCCUGCCGACGUGGUGCCCACCUCCGUCAUCGCCCGUGUACUGGAGAAGCCUGAGCCUCUGGUGCUCAACUCUGCCCAGUCCAGCAGCAGCGCAGGCCGACCCCAGGCAGAGGACGUGUUUGUGCAUGUGGACAUGACGGGGCCCCAGGCCGAGGCAAGAAGAGGGGGUCGAGAGAAUGGGGGUCCCCGCCACAGCAGCAGAGUCUCAGCCCAAAGCAACCAGGCACAAGAGCUCCUCCAGCAGAAUGGAAUGUGUCGGAGCCAGAGCAGCCUGUCAGCAGACGGCCAGCCAGGAGAAGAGGGUGGUGGGGCCUUUGAGAAGCUCAACCCCUACCCAGCCCCCCCUCCGCCCCAUCCCCUCUACCCCGGCCGCAAGGUGAUCGAAUUCUCCUCGGACGACAAGGUGAAGUUCCCCAAGAACAGCCCCCUGCCCAACUGCACCUACGCAACGCGCCAGGCCAUCUCCCUCAGCCUGGUGCAAAAUGACGAGGAGAACGAGCGCCAGCGCACUGUGCCAAACAGCCCCGCUGUGUCGGACGGGGGCUGGCGCUCUGGGGCUUCCUCCUCCUCAGGGGGAGGGGGGCAGCGUGACCCCUGCCGCACACCUACUCAGCUGGACACAGCAGACCCCAUUUCCAGUCAGUCCAGCCCCUUCAGCAGCCCCCCUCAGCCCCCCAGCGCCUUCGCCAGCUCAGGCAGCUCUGAGGAGGACCUGCUGGCCAACUGGCAGCGCAUGUUUGUGGAGAAGAUGGCACCAUCCUCUGAGGGCACCCUGGUCAACCGCACCUCCUUCAGCAGCGAGACAGUCAAGGACCUGGAGAGGACCCGGACCAGCAAGCCAGGGGGCGAGGGAUCCCACAGGGGUGCACUAAGGGGAGCCUACUCGGACGGGGAGGAGGGGUCCUCCACUCGCAGCUGGACAGCUAGCCGAGAGUCCAGCCUGGACACUGACACCAGCAGCAUGGCUGACCUCCGCAACAGGAGGGGACAUUACGGAGCAGACUUCUCCACAGAGGAGAGCGAGCAGCUGCUGAUGGCCCUGGACAACGACAAAGACGACGCCAGUGGCGACACCGUGUCAACGGCCAUCACUGUGGAGACCAGCCUGGCGGAGGCCAAGAGGAAUGAGUUUGUGGAGGAGACGGGGUCUGUAGGCAGCUCUGCAGAGGAGAGAGACAUCCUGCCCCAGGACUUCCCUGUCAUAGUACCCAGGGUCCUGGCAGGGUUAGAGGACUACACAGAGAACACCCCUCCCCUCCCCGGCAACUCGUCCACUUCCGGCCGACCCCUGAAGAGCCCAAAGAGGAUGGGAGUACACCACUUGCACCGCAAAGACAGCCUGACUCGGGCACAGGAGCAUGGUAACCUGCUGGACUGAGACCUAGGGGACUUUUUCCUCUCACUUCAUAUGUCGUCUGACAGACUAACUCUUCUCUGCGGGCUCUCUAUCUUACCAGCAAGGAAGGAUGAUUCGAGUCGACCAACAUACCUACGUGUUGGUCCUACCUUUGUCCGUGCUGCUGUCUCUCAUGAGUUUAGUCAGGAAAUAUGCACAUUCUCUAAUAACUACAUUCAAGAACUGAUUCUUUGGAGAUCUGUGCAAUGCCUGCCUGCCAGUUGAAUGGCAAAGUUCAUAGUGUUUCCUCUCUUGCCACUGUGAGCUGCAAACCUCUCCAGUAGCAGAACAAAGGGUCCUACAGGAGGUUUGAUUUUUUUCUGUCUCUCAAACACUCCGAACUGUUGCCGGAGGAGAAGGGCGACUCCAGGAUAUAGCCAUACCGUGUCAUUUCCUGUGUGUAAACAUCCAGCCAGUGUGUUUUCAUGGAACAGCUGAGAUGGAGCUACGAUUCAGCUCCUCAUUUGAGAUGAUUGUUGAUAUGCAGGACUGGAAAACAGACAAUGUGGAUGGAGUCGUUGCCUUCUCCCUCCUGUGUUCUCUUUUGCCCUGUAUUUGUGUUCCCCCUCCCUAGAGAAAUGCUACGUCAUGCAGGCAUCUGAUGACAUGUGAACCUUUCCUCCAUUGAUGAAUGGGGGAGAGGAUGAGCACUUGCAAGUGCAUGCUGUUGUCUGGGGUGGAUUGUGGACUGGACCCCCACACAGACUCUGUGCCUAUCCCUCUCUGUCUGAGGGGGUUUGUAACCCCCCCAAUGCCUAGAAAUGUUCUGUUCUGAUCCCCCUCUGAAUGUCCUGCAGUGUGCACUGGUUUGUUGAGCACCCACUCUUAAGGGCUCUCUUCUCUGAAAUUGGUCCACCACACAACAACUAGGAAGGUCAAUCUUGAUUCCAGAAAUUCUAGGUCUCACUCUAAAGUUUAUUUUCUAGAUAACAAAAAUACAGUAUUCAUAGAUUUUUUUAUUUUAUUUUGUUCCCUUUUAUUAUUUCUUCAAUCACUACUUCAUUCAAAUAAUUUACAUUUUGGCCUUCUUUUUUUUAAAGCGACCAUUUUAUGCCAGAGGUGUUAACUCAACUAUUUCUAGAGAUAUUAUGACAAUGAUAAUCUAGAACAGUCAAUGUAUUUGUGUUCUCUGAGCUAGAGUAACCUACUAGUGGUGUAACGGUACACGUAUUUGUACUGAACCGGUUUGUACGGGGACCUGGGUUCGAUCCGCACUGUGUACCCAAAUGAAUACAUACAUUAUAAAAUUUUAAUAAAUAUCUCAAAAUUGCAAUCAAAAUUAUCUUAAUUUGUGCAUUUCAAACCGUCCUUUUGUGAGGCGCAGCCGGGAACUAGUUCUGUAUGGCGAGUGGUGUGGUUGAUAAACCAGGAGGAUUCUCCAUCAUUUAAAUCUCCAGUUUUGGAAAAUGUUUGCUUCCUAGUAGAUUACAACAGCGAUGGACAGGGAGAGUAUGUCGCCACUGCUCAACGAGAAGAGCCUAUGCAGCUGCCAACAUCUCAAACAUGACACAUUUAGGCCGACAACUUCGUCUCUCCUCUACAUUCAAGGAACCCUUCACAGCUGAUUCUGACCGGCCAAAGAAACUACAAGAGCGAUGCUGAUGUUUAUAGCCGCGGAUAUGCGCCCAUUUUCAUUAGUUCAGAAAAUUAGGGGUUUCAGCACCUGGUGAAAGUGCUCGAGCAACAUUACGAUCUUCGCCCUCUCGUACCCAUUUCAGCCAACGGGUGGUUAGUACUCGCUCUAUAUAAGCAAGCUAAAAACCGAAGUUGUCAAUGAAUUGGCCAAUCACACCCUGUGUCGCGCUUACUACAGAUUGAUGGGCCUCCAGGGCGACAGAGUGCUACUUAUUAAGUGACAGCCCAUCACAUUACCCUGGAGUGGCAAAUGACAAGUAGCGUGCUACAGACAGGCCCCCUUUAUGAGAGUCACACACGUUUUUCUCCUUGUAAGAAAACCUUAUAGCAUAGGCCUAUACAAUGUCUGAGCCAUGUUUACAUAUUGAUUUUACAUGCACAUUGCACUUUAUUUUAGUGUUGAUGAGUAAUCGUGUGUUUUCAUUUAAGAAAAUACAAAGUGAUAUUCCUGACUGUGCUCAUCAGGUGUUAUGAUUCAUGAUCAUAUAUGGAAUCAGGAAUAACAGCACUUUGUACUUUCUUAAAUAAACAACAAUUGAUUUCAUUUCCCCACUGUAAAACCGAACCAUGACCCCCAAAACGGCAAUACAUACCAAACCUGGGGUUUGGUGAACCGUUACACCCCUAUAACCUGAAGCUCUGUGUUCAGAGGGCAACUCAUGUCAUUGUUGUGUGUAAAUAUUAUUUCCAGAACUAGAUACGGAGAUAUAACAUUGGCUCUAUAAUUGAAGAUCAUUUCACUUUUGUUCUGUCAUUGGAUUUUUGUCAUCACUGUAUUUUCAUUUCAAGAAACAAACAGGCCGGUUGUACUAUUGGUAACUCUACUGUACAUGGGGUAUUACAAUGGAAGACUCAUAUGGCAUGAAAGAUGGAGUCAGUAUUUUUCGGGAAGAACCAAGCCAUCCAUCUCCAGGCAUUUUUUGUGGAUGUGUUUUUCAAGUAUUCAUUGGGUUCUGGGUGAAAGUAAUUCUCCUUGAAGAUUCCUUCAAUUCUCAUUGUGUACCACUUCUGUGGGUAACGUAUUUUUUUAUCUCAUACAGCUACAGUACAUGUGUCCAGACCAUCUAAGGGACCAGGGAUAAUGAAAGGCAAAAGGUCUGUAUGGUAUGACAGCUGGUUGAUGAUGAGAUUCGGGGUAAUUGUAGCGUUGACAAAAUCCUAACCAGGAAAGUAUUUUUGAUUUGGUGUAUUACUCCGUCUCCAUUGUGGGGGUUCACCGAGGAUGUCAUACUUGUACCUGGAUCUGAUAAAUGGCUUGCAGUAUGUAACGUUUAUUUUCACUGUAGUUACUUUUUCAUCCACAUGCCUUUGAUAUGGAUCGGGAAUAUUUAUUCAUUCAUCAAGAGAUUAUUUUUGUGAUUUUAUGAAUUGAUUUUGUGUACUUUUUUUUUUCUUCAUUUGGUCCAUUAUAUUCAAUUGACUAAGUGUUCUGCAUUCAGCCAUGUUGAAUUUGUGUUCAUUUUAAUUCCAUUUAUUCAGCAUCAGACACUCAACUAUGUAGCUUUAGUACAUAAGGAUGAUUUACUGGUGGGGGGGGGGGUGAUUUAUUUUUGUUGCCCUUUCUAACAGCUCUUUGAUUGUGUGGUUAUGAAAUCUACGAUACAGUCCUGCUGUUUUAUUGGUCCUAGAUUGACCGCUCACAGUGGGAGCUCUGCAGUUGCAUCCGUUAUAAGGCAGUAAUCCAGGAUACAGUUGCACGCCUGGUGCGGUGUUUCUCAACCCUCAGACAUGCUCGUGUCCACAUGGUGUCAGACUCUAAUCCGUCUGGUAUUAUGUUCAUGCCACCCUCUAUGGACUGAUGACGGUGUAAUAUCAUUUCAAGUCCAUUGGCAGGCAGUGCAUGCUGGAACACAGACACCACCUGGAGAAAAAUGUAUAUAUUCCUCCUUGAUGUCUCUUGAGCCUGCCCUGUACCUGGUAGAUGUGGGUUUCAGUCCCCCCUAAAAUCUCUGUCCUUAGACCAAGAAGUACAAGACAUAUCAAGGAAAUGGAAACAUUGCUCUGUUUAGUACUGUGCCGCUGCCGGUCACUGGGGUCAUAUUUGAGAGCUGUAUUCCCUCCUGAGUGAGAUGAGUCCCCAUAUCCCGGUAUAAAAGGCUCUCCACAUACUGUAUCCAAUAUGUUGGAAUCUUUCACUCCUGAUCCCUGAAUAAUUCAACUCCAUUGUUGUGUGACGGGCCGGGACGUGGGAAUGAGGGCUCAGAAAUCCACCUCACUCCACCUAUUUACAGCCUUAAACAUUUUUUAUUUUUAUUUUAGCCAUUUUAUUUUUUGCUUAGUCUGCUUAUUGGUCUUUCCAUGAUGUCUAGAUGUGCUGUUAAUAGCCCGUAAUUAAUAGUUGUAACAACCCUUGGCUAAAUUAUUCAUGUUUUAUUACACUCAGAAAUAGGUCUCUAAUACUUCAAAAAGAGAAAGGAGGAAUGGUAGUCUGUCAUGGUCUUGAAACUGGAAAUGUACAUUUUUAAUAUUUAAUGGGCUCAUCAGAUGUGCUGUAGACAAGGUUUUGUGCAAAUACAAAAAUCGAAAUGGGGGAGAGAAAGAGGAUAAAAUGUGCGGGGCUCUAAUUUACUCGGCAUUAUAAAUAGGCCUUUACAUCUGGUCUCCUGCAACUUUAAUGACUCCUCUUUCAAGAAUAUAAUUGAACACAUCUCUGCCCGACACAUAGCUUCUUUGAUCCAAGGUCACCUUCCCAGGAUGCUCCAGUCAUGUGGAGCUUUUUAAAAUUUAGUCUGAAAUGUUGAAAAAUGGCAGCUUCGUCGCUCUCUCUGAUGCGGUGGAAUAAACACACUGAUAAUCCCUCUGUGACGGUGACCGUUAACCGGUAGCUCACAGUUAAUUUGAAGGUGUAGGUUUUAGUCAGAGCAUGACUUAAACAGCCAGUCACAGUUAUCUCCAAUACAAUAUUUACACAGUGCCAUGGGUUUAUUGGAAAUAUUGAUAUUUGACUAACUGGAGCGUGUAGUAUUACAUUAUGCAAUUAGAAAACCCCGGCUCUACAUAUGAAUACAGAAGCAGGGUUUUAUAGUGUAAUCAUACAUUCUGAGCUUGGAAGUUGCAUUUGUGCUCUCUCUCGCUCAGCAUUCAUUUCUGCCAGGUGACAAAGCCAGUCCCUGCCCAAGGGCGGUGUUAUUGCAAUGAGAUGGUUCAUGAAUACUAAUAAAGAUGCUGUCUUGUCACAUCAAUGUAUGCAUCCAUUGCUGUUUCUUAUUCACCGCGUCUCCUUUUUAUGGUGUUCAGUUGUCAAAUGAUCCCUUUGACAUGAAUGAAAUACAUGUUAAAUACUUUCAAAUACACAUGCCUAAUUCAGGACUUUUAUUUGACUGGAGGUUGCCAUUUAAAAUAUACGGUGUGAUUGUGCUUAUUGGGGAAUAAUACUGUUAUACCCAUCAUUUGAUUCUAGGGGACACACUGCCGUCUGGUACCUGUCGGUCCCAAACCAAACCCUGUCUAGUAGUCUUGCAUGGAGUUAAGUGUCACUCAGAUUAUUUUCUCAUACUAAGAAAAGUGUGCUCCGUUGAGUUCUUUGGUUGCAUAUUAUCGCUCUCCUGAUGCAGUGUCUGUUCAUUCAUUCAUAGCUUUGUAGAUUUCCUUUUGAUUUGUAUGUAAGUGUAUGCUUCCAUGGUCAUAUGAUUGUUUUUUUUUUCAAAAAAAUUACUUAUACAAAAGACUGUUAAAACUGAACUCAUUUCUUUCUGAAUUUAACUGAUGUAUAUUUUAAAACAAAUUAAAUAUUUUAAACUUAA